GUGAACCUGCGUGAUCUCCAGUACCUGGUGGCGGUCGCCGACGAGCGGCACUUCGGCCGGGCGGCGGACGCCUGCCACGUCAGCCAACCGACCCUGAGCGGGCAGAUCCGGAAGCUCGAGGAGCGGCUCGGGGUGCCGGUCUUCGAGCGCACGAGCCGCUCGGUGAGCACCACCCCGGCCGGCGAGGACAUCAUCGAGUGCGCGCGCCGGGUCAUGGCUGAGGUGGAACGGAUCGAGGCCAUCGCGGACGCCCGCCGCGAUCCCCUCGCCGCCCCGCUCCGCCUCGGGGUGAUCCCGACGCUGAGCCCCUACCUGAUGCCGCUCCUGCUCCGGCCCCUGCGCGAGCGCUACCCGACUCUGAAGCUCGUGCUCACCGAGGAGGUCACCGACUCGCUGCUGCGCCGGCUCAAGUCGCACGAGAUCGACGCGGCGCUCCUCGCGACCGCGCCGGGCGACCCGGCCCUCGCGGAGACCGCCCUCUUCGACGAGCCGUUCUGGAUCGCCCACACCCUCGACGAUCCGCUGUACGAGAUCGAGGAGAUCGAUCUGGAGGCGCUGCGCGGGCGCGAGCUGCUGCUCCUCGCCGACGGGCACUGCCUGAGCGACCAGGUGUCGGACCUGUGCGGGCGGCCGGAGACGAACGGCGAGUUCGCCGACUUCCGCGCCUCCAGCCUCGAGACCCUGCUCCAGCUCGUGGGGGCGGGGUUCGGCUGUACCCUCGUGCCCGCGCUCGCGAUCGGGGGGCCGUGGAUGACGGACCUCGGGGUGGUGGCCCGUCCCCUCGACCUGCCGGGGGCGAGCCGGCGGGUGCGACUCGUCCACCGGCGCUCGUUCCCGAACCUGCACGUCCUGGAUGCCCUCCGGGAGGUGGUCCUCGGACGCCUCCCCAACACGGUUCGGAAGGCGCCGGGGGCGGGCGGUGGCAAGCCGCUUCCCCCGGGGACGACGGCUCCCGCCGGCGCAUGA